CCCCAAGCUGCACAUGGUUAUUGUCCAAGGUAUAAGUUUCCUCUGGCUCUGAGGGAGAGGAGCAGCAGCCUUUCGCCGACUGACUGUAGCAUGUAGCCAGGAGUUUGUUCUUCACACACUAAUAGACCUAGACUGUUUUAUGUAUGUGAGCUGCAGUUCAAGUGAGAAGUUGCUGGUGAGCGAGAGAGAGCCCAUGGGAUACCUGAAGAAUUCCUACUGUAGUUGUUGGGAGAAAAGUAUGGCUGGAUAUACAGCAGUCGUAAAUUAAUAAGAGACUGUACUGCAGAGAAGAGGGCUGGGACAGUCAGAGGCUUUUGUCGGACAAGUUCUUCACAUCGUCACCAGAGCUGCCUUGAAGAAUCACCAUGAAAGAAAUCUAUUGCGGAUACGAGAACCAGCUCUUUAAAGAGGAGGAUCUUACUGGGGAGGAGGAAGAGAUGACUUCCUUUAGAGGAAGAACCAGAGGUGGCUGUGUCAAAUGCCAGCAGACACGUUCUCUGCAGCUGGCCGUUAAAGUGCUGUACAGUUUCUUUGCCUUCCUCAUCAUAGCAGUGGCAGUGCUGGCAUCACUUGUAUUUAGGAAGGUCGACAGCUUAUCAGAAAAGGAAUCCUUUUAUCAUAAGAAGAUUACCAAGGUCCAGGAAAGUAUACAAGAUCUUAGCACUGCCAGCAACUGCUCGGACUGCUUCAAUGUGGCCCACUUCAGCGAGGAGAUCAGUAGGCUGAAGGGGGAGUUUGAGGACCUCCAGAAGAUGAUCCUGGGUCAGGAGCAGGUCCUGGACCAGGCCUCCCAGACCCAGCAGACCCUGAAGUCAGUCAGCAGCAGGAUGACCCGAGACAUGCAGAACUACUCCCUGUCCAUCAGGCUCAUCAACCAGUCCCUGGAGCGUUACGUACACCAGGUGGCUGGAUGGAAGGCGGUCAUCACCGAGACGGACGAGAGCAUGAAGACUCUGUCUCAGGAUCAGUAUGACCUCAAGGCCACGGUGAAUCAGGUCAACACCACGGUGGCCCUCAGCUCCUUGUGGAUGGACGCCCUGCAGAGGAAGACCGAUGAGGAGACGCUGGUCCUGCAGAAGUUGACCGCUGACUGGCAGAACUACAGCCGGGUGUUGAGCGGUCUGAAGUCUAACUCUAGCACCACCACUCAGAUGGUGAGGAGCAUCCAGAGCGGAAUCUCGGCCACGCACCAGAGGAUCAGCAUGAGCUCGGAGAUAGUGCACGACCUUACCCUGCAGGUGAUGAACCUGCAGAUGCAGCUGGACAACGUCACCUCCUUCAUGGACGAGCACGAGGAGAACAUGCACGACCUCCACUACCACUCCAAGUACUAUGAGAACCGGACGGGCGAGAGGUUCAUCACCAUGGAUGCCCGCAUGAACUCCAUCGAGAUGGAGAUUGACACCAUCUCGUCCAGCAUCAAUGCCACAGUGAGCCACGUGCAGAGCAUGUACAAGUACAUCAACAUUGAGAGCACUUCGUGCCAGACCCGGCUUGGUGGCCACACGGAGGACCUGCACAACCUGAACACAACGGUGCUACUGCUGAUGCACCUGGCUGACACCCUGAGGCAGCAGUACAUGCUGCUGAGCGUCCGUCUAGACGUGGACGUCAGGAACCUGUCCAUGGUCAUGGAGGAGAUGAAGCUAGUGGACACUCACCACACCCAUGUCAUCCAGAACUUCACCAUUCUGAAAGGUGCACCUGGCCCACCAGGUCCAAAAGGCAACAGAGGGGAAGGAGGGGCCAAAGGUCCAGUUGGCCUGACAGGAAACAAAGGAGACAAAGGCCUAGCAGGGAACCGUGGCCCUCUGGGAGAGAAGGGCUUCAUCGGGCCGGAGGGAGCUCAGGGGGAGCCAGGACCAAUAGGAGCCAGAGGCGGAGUGGGAAUCAAAGGGGCGAAUGGUUCUGUGGGCCAGCCUGGCCCCCGUGGAGAAAGAGGAGAGAAGGGAGAUAUAGGUACUGUUGGUAAGGAUGGACUGCCAGGCCCCAAAGGGCCAAUGGGAAUACAGGGCCAAACAGGGCUCCCAGGGGUGCACGGGCUACCCGGUCCAAGAGGAAAGCCUGGGCCUGUUGGUCCACACGGAGCCCCUGGCCCACCAGGCCUACCAGCUUACCCAGCCACAGUGUCUUGAGGGGCCCAUAAGGUCUGAUCACUACAAGGGCAGGAUUAGAUGUACUGUAGUGAUGUACUGGCAGCCUGACAAAGGGGUGGAGUGUAAUUGAAGAGGUUGGAAUGGAUGGAUGGAGCAUGGGAAAGCUAAUUCUCAAGCUUUCCGCUUCAUGUUAGUCCAUUGUUUUCAUUGGACACUCAAUGGACAACCCAUGCUCUUGAGCAUAUACUGUACAGUACACAUAGCCCUAAAUGCAUGUUCAGGUAUGAAGGGAUGUAGAGGAGACUGCAAAAUUGAAGAUAACAUAAAGACUGCAAAAGUACGAGUUAAAAAAAAAUGCAUUGUAAGUUUUCAGUAUCACAUACAGCUGAAUGUAUGUUUGAAGGAACCACAAAACCCUCAUGGGGGCUUCAUAAAGAUCUAGGUUUACAUUGCCAUGCAGUUUCAUGAAGGUACACUUAAAUAAGGAUUAUUUUGUACACACAUUUUUGGAACAUUGACACGUGAAAUUCUGUUUGAUGGCACUUUACUGGUUUUAUAAAGUGUAGAAACUACAGUCUGUUUUUAUGUGUUUGCUUUUGCAUCUUUUAUGUUUCGGAGCAGGUUCUCCUGAAUACUGACUGAAGUUGAGAUGAUUCAACAGGUCAUAGUCAUAAUGGUAAGGGAUGAAUGAAAUUGCUGAAGAACCAAAGGAAUCUGCUUGGGUACGCAACUUUGGAAGUAUUGGGUUUUAGUCAGCAAUUGAACAUUUCCUGAAAUACUUCAAAUGUAUGGUUUUGGAAUAAAUAUCUUUUUACGAGACAUAUUUGGGGUUUUAUACUAAUAUUUUGCUAUGUUACAUUCAGAGUUUUUCCAGAUUUUAAAGUGUAUAUAAUAUACAUCAUGUUUGUUGUGUGUUCUUGUUUCUAUUGUGACUAUUCAUAUGAAUCUCUGCACAUAAUCAGAGUUGUGUGAUGAUAUGUGUAUUUUAACAGCAAAUAGAACAUGUUUUAAAAAAGGGGAAAUGAUGAGACAGACGCUACGUACUGGGCACACACUAGUUGAAUCAACGUUGUAUAGACGUUGAAUUGACGUCUGUGCCCAGUGGGUAUUUUUGUAAACCUGUGUCAUUCUUAUAAACAUUUGACUGGCUUGAAUAGAUGUUCAAUAAAUGCUACCACUCUACUUCACCAAAGUGUAUCGACAUACCACUUUCACAAGUUCUGCUAUUCUUCACAUAUGCAAACCUAUUUUGAACUCCCAUUUGUGUCUGGUAGAAUGUUCGGAUGUAGCUGCCGGGAGAGCCAAUCAGAGUUCUACUCAGUCCAAAAACCCUGAACGGAUAAAGGAGUGGUUUUGCUGAUUAAUUAAGAACAUGCCGUUUUCUCCCUCCAAUAAAGUAUUUUAGGAUUUAGUUAUUCAAACGGU